UGUCCUUUUUUUUGUUUUUGUUUUUCUUCUUUUUUUUUCCACUUCUUUGAUUAUUGUUUAUAUUUGGGAAAGCUGGAGGAGCAUGGUUUUGAGCCUUUUCCUGAAUCCAAGUUUUUCUAGCAUGCGAUGGUUCUGUAGACAAGGCGCUGUGUCUGGGAGUCCGCGGCGACCGUGCCCGCUGGGAGCGACUCCCAAGUCCAGCAAAAUAUGCAACUGGUUUUAUGGAAAAAGCGAUGUGAAGUAUGGUGCCUAUUUUUUUCCUUUGUAAAAAUAAAAAGCAUGUUUCUAACUCUUUUUUUUUGCAUACUCUUUUUUCUGAUAAGAUUUUUGUAUAGGUGGGAUUUUACGGCAGUGUUUACAAGUUUGUGGUUUUGCAAUACUGGUACAAACCACUGAGCAAAAAACAUUAAUUUUCUAUCUUUUUGUGCCGUUUUUGGAAGCCGGUGAGAACAAAUUCGUUUUUUCCCUCCUGUUUUUGACACCCAUUGAUAACAUGAAACUUUUCUUGCAGCUGGUUACUGGGAUAAUUUUUAAGCAAAAUACUUUUUUCCUCCUUUAUAUUAACUGUGACUUUUGCACAUUUGAAUUUUUUUUAAAAACCGAGAUAAUUUUAUGAUAGAUAUCCUCAUAUCUAUAUAUUAUCCCUUCUUCCUCCCCUACCCCUCCCCGUAAAUCAAUUUUCAAAUGAUGGCAGUGGAAGGUUUUUCUGGAAAAAAAAAUGAAGUGCGGUUUGGUUUCCUUGUCAACGGAGGAUGAAGUGAACAGCUGAGCAGCUCGCAGAGAGCAGGAUUAAAACAAGGUGAGCCAACCAUGACUGGCAAAACACAGACCAGCAAUGUCACCAAUAAGAAUGACCCCAAGUCCAUCAACUCCCGUGUUUUCAUCGGCAAUCUAAAUACAGCCAUUGUCAAGAAAGUUGACAUUGAAGCCAUUUUCUCAAAGUAUGGAAAAAUAGUCGGAUGCUCAGUUCACAAAGGUUAUGCGUUUGUACAGUACAUGAGUGAGCGACAUGCAAGAGCUGCAGUGGCUGGAGAAAAUGCCAGGAUCAUAGCCGGCCAACCACUUGAUAUCAAUAUGGCAGGAGAACCCAAACCGUACAGACCAAAACCUGGAAACAAGAGGCCCCUUUCUGCACUGUAUAGACUUGAGUCAAAGGAGCCUUUCCUGUCUGUUGGCGGUUAUGUCUUUGACUAUGAUUACUACAGAGAAGAUUUCUACAAUCGGUUAUUCGACUACCACGGGCGUGUGCCUCCACCUCCGCGCACGGUGAUUCCGCUGAAGCGUCCCCGAGUGGCCGUCACUACGACGCGCAGGGGAAAAGGAGUCUUUUCCAUGAAAGGGGGGUCGAGAUCUACCGGCAGUGGGUCGUCUUCAUCAGGCUCUAAGUUGAAAUCAGAUGAGUUACAGACAAUCAAGAAAGAAUUAACCCAGAUCAAAACGAAAAUUGACUCCUUGCUAGGGCGCCUGGAGAAAAUUGAGAAGCAGCAGAAGGCGGAGGCAGAAGCUCAGAAGAAGCAAUUGGAAGAGAGUAUAGAGCUGAUCCAAGAUGAAUGUGUGUCAGAGAAUGCAGAUCACUCUACAGAGGAGCCUGCUGAAGGAGGGCCAGAUGCGGAUGGAGAAGAGAUGACUGAUGGGAUAGAGGAGGACUUCGAUGAAGAUGGGGGUCAUGAGCUGUUUCUACAGAUAAAGUGAUCUGAAGUAAUGAAUGAUGCCACAAAAGCAGAAAAGAGAAACUGUGACAACACCCAGAAAUGUGAAAGGAGGUUUCUUACUGGAUAGCAGCAUCUUUGGUUCAAUUUAUUAAAAAAAAAUACCCAAAUAAAUAAAAUGGACAGUAUUGUUCAAUUUUAGAAAUUCCAUUUCUUCUAUGUUCUAAGCUAUAUAAUUGUCAGGUUUUAUGGUUUAGAUUGUAAAUGUGUUUUCCCCUUUGUUAAUUAUGUUGUGUUUUUUUAAGUCUUAAAAGUCUUAAAAUGUGAAGGACAUUUAUGAACGGUAAGGGAGACACUGUAUACAAAUGUAUAUUUGUAAAAGCUAUUUUUAUGAUUAGCAUGUUUUACUGGUGAUCAUAUAUAAAGUCAGGUGAUAUUGCAAUUCUAUGUUUAAAGCUUAUUUCCAACAAUGUCAUGUAAGAAAAGAUACAUCGUAAGCUAGUUUUUAUAAUUUAUUUUUAAUUUAUAGUUUAAAGUACUUCAGAUCAUAAUGAUAAAAUACUUGAAAAUGUUAUAUUUCUGCCCUCCAUAAGCACCAUUUUUAUUAAUAAAGAAUGCAAAUAUUUCAGAUGUGAUUCCAUAGCUAAAGGACUCUGUUGCUUUGACCUGUGAUUAAAGUGAGCAUUCUCUACUCAACUGAAACAAUCCAAUUAUUACCCAAUACUUCAGUCUGGGUAGGAGAUCCCACAGACAGGUUUUAGUGCCAAUACAGGUGAAAACUAUAUUGGCAAGGAAAA